AUGCAGCUGCUGGAGGAGUGGUGGGGGGAGCGCGAGGGGAAGGCGAAGGACCUGCCCGCGGAGAAGCCGGAGAGGAGGCUCAUCCUCGGCGGUGGUCCCGCAGCGGCGUACGAGCGGGUGCGGCGGCUCGCCGCCGGCAACGCCGUCGUGGUCUUCAGCUUGAGCGGGUGCUGCAUGUGCCAUGUGGUGAAGCGGCUUCUUCUGGGUCUCGGCGUUGGCCCCGCCAUUUACGAGCUCGACAUCGAGAAGGGUGGCACCGAGAUACAGGCCGUCCUCCGCAGCAUCUUCUCCGCCACUGCGUCCUCCUCCUCCGCCGCCUCUCCUACGCCAACGCCGGUGCUGCCAGCGGUGUUCGUCGGCGGCAAGCUCGUGGGAGGCCUGGAGGCCGUCAUGGCCUGCCAUAUUAGCGGAACCCUCAUCCCUCUCCUCAAGGAAGCCGGAGCCCUCUGGCUAUGA